CGGGAAGGGCGUAGAGUCUGAGACGGCGUCGCUCAGAGAAGGGAGACUGAGGCCGGGUCUGGCUACCGGACACUGUUGGGUAGAGAAUGUAUCAGCCUCCGUCCUGCCCCGAAGGACAGUAUGAGGGGAGGCUUCGGCCUUCUUCCCCGGCCGGACCUGAGUCUCCACUGCGGGGAAGGGGAGAAAGUCGCGCCGCCCGAGAGGAGGAGGAGAGCGGGCCCCGCGUGCCUCUGCCGGAAGAGAGUGGGGAAGGACCUUCAGGAAGGAUGAGCCGAGAGAGAACCUUGGAAAGGUCGCUACCUGGUGGGCGAUGCAGGGAGGAGGAAACGGGGUCCUUCGAAAGACCUGGGAAUCUCCAAAGGAUCAAGGAGGGAGGAAAGAAAUAUCAGUGUCCAGAAUGUGAACAAUCCUUCAGAAGAAAGGACUAUCUUGAAAAGCAUCUAAGAAUCCACUCAGGAGAGAAACCUCACAAGUGCCUGGAGUGCGGAAAGAGCUUCAGUCAUUUGGCAAACCUUUAUAGGCAUCAAAUGAUCCAUUCAGGAGUCAAACCAUAUAAAUGCCUGGAGUGCGGAAAGAGAUUCAGUCAGAGGAGCAGUCUUGAUAGACAUGAAAGGAUCCACACUGGAGAAAAACCAUACAAAUGCCUGGAAUGUGGAAAGAGCUUCAAUGUGGUG